UUCUGUUUUCCCAAACAGAUGCAGUACCUGUGUGGGAUAGGGUACAAGGCAGGAGGGUGCCUCCACAGCCCCCCUACAUAGGCUUCCUGCCAGCCUCCUUCCGCAAGAAGCCAAACUGGGUCUGGCCACAACCACUGGAGCCCAAAGCCGGACGGAAAUGGACAGGGAGACUAGGGGAGAGAAGACUGAAGUCCAACAAGCGCCGCACUGACUGGCCAGACAAGGAAUUGUGGGCGGGAUGUUGCCCAGAGGCGGCCAAAGGUCAGUGUGCAGGCGGGGCGAGGGGCUGGACCCAGCGAGGGUAAAGCCGCCCAGGACCCCAGUGCGCAGCCGCGGUGCCUGCAAGCGUGGUUUAGGCCUUUGUGCCCGGGAGUCUGGCAGUGUGCUGCGCUCCUUCCGUGAGGCAGAGGUGAGAGUCUGUUCACUGCUUCCCCAGGGCGUGCACGUCCUUCCCGCAAGCGAUAUUGGGGGAAUACAGCACAGAAGAGAGUGUGACAGUCACCAAGGGGAGCGACAGUACCUGAAACUUUUGGCUACUAUACCAAAUCGGAGAAUUCAUUUCCUCCAACAUGGCAGGUAAGAAAGUGCUCAUUGUCUAUGCACAUCAAGAGCCCAUGUCCUUCAAUGGGUCCCUGAAGAAAGUGGCUGUUGAAGAACUGAGCAAGCAGGGGUGUGCAGUUACUGUGUCUGACUUAUACACCAUGAACUUUGAGCCGAGGGCCACAAGAAACGAUAUCACUGGUAAGAAAGUGCGGAUUGUCAUGCACCUGCAGUUGUGUAGACCAGACCUCCAGAUCCAGUCCGUAAUGUUCAUCCUGAUCUUUCCUUCUUUUUGUAUUUAUGUGAAGUGUCAGAACCAGUUCUCUUGGAUACUGAAGGAACACUGUGCCCUCUCUAAUCCUGAAAUCUUCAGAUAUGGGAUAGAAACCUAUGAAGCCUACAAGAAAACAGCUCUGUCCAGUGACAUACUUGAGGAGCAGAGAAAGGUGCAAGAAGCUGAUCUAGUGAUAUUUCAGUUCCCACUAUACUGGUUUAGUGUUCCAGCAAUCCUGAAAGGCUGGAUGGAUAGGGUGCUGUGCCAAGGUUUUGCCUUCGACAUCCCAGGCUUUUAUGACUCCGGUUUUCUCAAGGGUAAAUUAGCCCUCCUUUCCUUAACUACCGGAGGCACAGCCGAGAUGUACACAAAAGCGGGGCUGAGUGGAGAUUUCCGGUACUUCCUGUGGCCACUCCAGCACGGUACCCUGCACUUCUGUGGAUUUAAAGUCCUUGCCCCACAGAUCAGUUUUGGUCUUGAUGUUUCAUCAGAAGAAGAAAGAAAAGUGAUGCUGGCAUCAUGGGCCCAGCGACUAAAGGGCAUCUGGAAAGAAGAACCCAUCCACUGCACACCCUCCUGGUAUUUCCAAGAGUAGCAUUUUGUACUCCGGGUACAGCUAACAAGCACCACAGUGAGAGGCCUAAAGCAUGUGCAGAGAAGGUGGCCUGUGUCCAGAGAUGUAGGCACCAUUGAGUGUCUCCAGUUUUACACAACUAGAGCAGAUGUUUCAAAAAUCAGCUUGUUACACUGUGUUAGUUCUGCCUGGUCAUUACUCACUCAUUUUUCAGUUUUGUAAUGUUUCUCUAAAAUCUCUCUUGCUACUUCAUAGUAUAGUUUUCUGAACAUGGA